AUGUCUCCUGCAUAUGUUAUCUUCACUAGUGGCUCUACUGGAAAACCCAAAGGUGUUGUUGUUGAGAACCGAGCUAUGGCGACCAGUUGUUGGCACCAUGGCUUGGUCAUAGAGCUGAAGACGACAUCGAGGGUGUUGCAAUUUGCUUCUUAUGCCUUUGACGCUUCCAUUCAAGAGAUCAUCACAACUCUGGUCCAUGGGGGCACUAUAUGCAUUCUCUCUACUCACGAUGUACAAACCGACCUCGAGGGAGGCAUUCGAAACAUGGCUGUCAACACCGCCUAUCUCACACCUACAGUCACGAAGUUCAUCGAUCCCGCGGCUGUUCCUGGGCUCACGACAAUCCUGCAGGCGGGGGGAUCCUCAACCUUAGGAGACUUCACACGUUGGUCACGGCCAAAGCAGAGAGUUCUUCAUGGACAUGGGCCAACAGAAUGUGCAAUUCUCUGCUCUCUUGCAACCGUCGAGCUUGAUACACCCGAUGAAGUCAAUCCUGCCUGUAUUGGUACAGCUACGGGAGGAACAAGCUGGGUUGUUGACCCAGACGACCACGAAAAAUUGCUUCCGAUCGGAGCCAUCGGCGAGCUUCCCAUUGAGGGUCACAUCCUGGCGAGGGUUUAUCUAAACGACCAGGACAAGACCAACGCCGCGUUCAUCAGCUUACCUGACUGGCUGAUGCAAAAUGACCCUAGCCGCUGUGGCCGCCUCUACAAGACAGGCGAUUUGGUAUCAUACAAUGCUGAUGGGAGUCUCACAUACCAUUUUCGCAAGGAUACACAAGUCAAGAUUCGUGGGCAGCGUGUUGAGCUCGCUGGAGUAGAAGCUGCACUGUUUCAGUGCCUUGAUAAUGCUGUUCAGGUCGUGUCUGAGAUCAUCCACCUCGUUGGCCACGGCGCAAACCCGAUGUUGGCGGCUUUCGUGGCAAUGGCUAGCAGCGAUGAAGCAGCAUCGUUCAUUCCAAGACACAGCGAAGGCGAAGUUGGUAUUCUCCCCGUUUCCGAAUCCUUUGAAACUCGAAUGUCUCAGCUAGUGCCAAGCUACAUGAUGCCGUCGGUCUGCUUCGUCAUCAAAGACUUGCCCUUAAACUUCUCUGGCAAAGCGGACCGUAAAAAGGUGAACGAGAUUGGCUCAUCCUUCUCGGUAACAAAACUUGCUGCCCUCAGACGGAUCGAGGGGCUCAAUAAGCGAAAACCUUUGACAGAUGCCGAGCAGUUGUUAUGCAACAUUGUGGCCAAGGUGCUAAACCUUGACGUGGCUAGCAUUGGGCUUGAUGAUGACUUUUACCGGCUCGGUGGUGAUUCCAUCACUGCUAUCCAACUUUCGUCGGCCGCACGUUCUCAGUGCCUUGAUAUCUCAACGGCAAUUGUAACAAAGCACAAAACGAUCAGUCGGAUAUUGGAAGCCACAAAUGUUCUUCCUUCAACAAACCCCAGAGUUUGCUAUGACCAGUUCUUUUAUCUUCGGCCGAAAACACUCAUCACGCAACCUCGACUUAAGCCUGCCCUUCACAGAAUCGUCCAGGCCCAUCCAAUUCUCCUUGCUCGUUUCAGGCAAGAUAGUGCUGGGAACUGGCAGCAGCUCAUCUCCGAUUCUUUCGAGGACUCUGCCUGUUGCAUAUCUCAGACCUGCGCUGACUAUCAAGAGGUUGCAUCGGUCAUUCGACAACAGCGAGGCAGUUUAGACCUCACAGUUGGCCCGUUAGUUGCUGUCGUACUCUUUGAAGUCGGUGGGGAUCAGACGCUUUUUAUCGUGAUCCAUCAUCUCGUUGUCGACUUGGUUUCUUGGCGUAUCAUUCUGGGCGAUCUGGAACUAUUGCUUACGUCGGGUAACGUUUCUGAGGCAUCUCUAGAACCGACGACGUCGUUCCAGACUUGGUCGUCCCUGCAGGCCCAGCAUGCUAUACACUUCAACAAAGCUCCUGAAAAGCAACGUACUAUUCCACCACCGCAGAUCUCAUACUGGAUCAACCAAUGUUCUGAGACGAACUGGAGCGACGGCGCAACAAUACUCUCCUUGUACAUCGAUGAAAAGACAACAUGUGCCAUCUUGGGAGCUUGCAAGGAUACCCUGGGCACGAGACCUAUUGAAUUGAUGAUCUCAGCAUUGCUCUUUUCAUUUGGUCAGACGUUCAAGGACAGAACAUUGCCAACCGUUAUGAACGAAUGUCAUGGUCGCGAGACAUGGGAUGAGUCGCUGGAUUUAGAUCUCUCCAGAACAAAACGUCAAGACUUCAUCGUUUUAACGCACCAAGCUAUGUCUACCGAGUCCUACGCCGACAAGGGUGCGGCAUGGUUCACCUCUCAAUUCCCCACUUAA